UUCCCUCUUCUCCGGGUCCCUGUCACUUCUACAAUCCUGCAAUCGCUGAGUGUUCGGCCCGUGCUGACCCUGUACUCCGUACCUGUGGGACGUUCAUUCAACUCUCUCAUAUCCACCCAACACCCAUCCAGCCUCCAGGCCUACUCCGGGUCUUCAGCCCGUAUAGAUAUCAAGCGAUUCCGGCGCGAGCGGCCUGCGGGCGCUCUACUUCACUCCAGCGCUCUCAACCCGAACCAGUCCUCACUACCAUUCGCACCACAUCGCUGCUCAAUCGCCCUCGUCAACGAACGUCUCCAUCGACCGCCUCAACAAAUCGUAUCCCAUUCCGUCCAAUCGUACCUGCGACGCCUCACCUAUAUCGACUUUGCUACUCUGAAUAGCUUCAUUCAACGCCAGGCUCCCCUGCUUUUGGUCGCUCAACCCUGUCUCUUCUCCCUUCGCAUACAAGCUUCUGGCUUGCCAAAUUAG